AAACAAACGUCGCUGUAAGUGGAAGUUAGCUGCUGCAAUGAAGCCAUCACCACCACCAUCAUCGAUCACCUGGCUGGGAGUGAUCCUUGGCGUAAUGCUGCUGAAGCUGGCGACAGCCCAGGAUUGCCAGCAGCAAUUGGAGAACGACAUGGAAGCGGAGGUGGAGCCGUGUAAGAAUUUUCAUCAGUAUGCCUGCGGAAAUUGGUAUUCGAGCACUUCGCAGCGAAUUCUCGGUGCCCACGAUAUGCGAUCCAAGUGGGUGGCAAAUAUGAAGCUCCAGCUCAUUCGAGCUCUAGAGGAAUCCUCAUCCACCGACAGCGCCAGUUCCAACACCUCUUCAACCGCCCAGUUGGGCACUUUAUACAGGUGCUGCUUGUUGAGUGGCCAGUCGAUUAGAACCUACACCGAUGCCCUGUCACGAAGUGGUGCCAACUUCCCAGUGCUGGCCAACCAUACCGGAGGAUCCUUCGAUUGGGUACUGGCCAAUGCCGCCCUGCGUACGUACGGAGCUCAGGGUCUGUGGCGACUCUUGGUCAAGGACAACUGGCAGUCGGCGGAACAGAGGAUCUUCUACAUUCUGCCACCCAAGUUCGAUCUACUGGGCCGCGAUGAUGAACUGAACGAGUUCCUGUACCAGCGCUACCUGAAGAUUUUGCUCUUGGAAUUGGGCUUGCGAGUGCGUAGAGCUGCUCUGCUGGCCGAGAAAUUGGUUGCAUUCGAGAAGAGUCUGCAGAAGCUAUUGCCCAACGAUAUGGAACAGACGUUGGUGCUGCGAAAGCCCCAGAGCCUAAUGGAUUUAGAGUCACAGCUGCCGGGACUGGAGCUGAAAAGAUACUUCGAGACGAUCCUAGAAGGUAUCGAUUGGGAUUCAACGACGCUGUUACUGGUGGCGGAUUUGGACUAUCUAAAGGGUCUACAGCGAAUGCUGGCGGAGCACACUUCGGAUCCCAUGGUCCUGUCCACUUGGCUGCUCCUUCAGCUACCCGCUUAUUUCGAAUUGCGACUACAUGAUGACGAAAAACUGGGCAGCCAGCGGGAUCAUUGCCUGGAACAGUUGAGGAAACUAAUGCCCGGACAACUGGGUCGUCUGCAAAUGCAAUUGGUAUUGGGCGAAUCAUAUCAGGAUGUCUAUGACACCGCCUUACAGCAGAUAGCGGUGCUCUUUCGCGAUCUGAAGCAGCAAUUUGAGUUGGUACUGAAUGAAACGGAGGUCUUCCACGAGGAUUUGGUCACACGAAACUUGGCUCGUGAUAAACUGAGGGCCAUGCGAUUGCUAACGCCACGUCUACAGGAUCCCAUCAAUGGUGGUGGUCCUGGCACGCCCCAACUGGGCGGCAAUUGUGAUGAGAACCUAUUGCAGCUGUCACUUAGCCAAGCCAAAUUGGAAUACCGACAGGUAUUCGGUGAGCCGGUGACCUCGGUGCCAGCGGAUCCGCUGUCCGUGAAUGCCUACUAUCGCCUCAAGUUGAAUCGGAUUGAGUUGCCGCUCGGCCUGAUGGCCACGCCCCUUAUCCAGCAGCAGUGCUCCAAGGAGACGGACACGAUGGCCAAACUAACCGCCGGAUUGGGCUACAUUCUGGCCCACGAAAUGGUGCACGCCUUCGACUUGGAUGGCCUUAAUUACGAUGCCUCCGGCCAGUUGGCCAAUGGCCAGUGGUCGGCCAGGGCGAUUAUCCGUUUCGGGCUGAGAGCCGCUUGCUAUUUGGGCGUACGGUACAGUAAUGCCACGCUAACCGUCAACGAGAACAUCGCGGAUACCGAGGGACUUCGCCUGGCCCUCGACACAUAUCGCCAUCGGAGUGGAGCUACAAAUAUGCGUACCUUCUUCGUGGCCUUUGCCCAGAAUUGGUGUGGCACAGUGGCCAGUACGUCGGGAUUGAGCCAACAUGCCGCCCACGCCGAGCGGGUCAAUAAUGUCCUGGGCAAUAUGCCGGAAUUCGGGGACACGUUCCAGUGCAAGGCAACCAGCCACAUGAAUCCCGUCGACAAGUGCCACAUUUGGUAAUGGCAUUUAUGUUAAAACUAAUAUUUUAAACUAAUUACAGAAACUAAUCGCAGCAAUAAAUUAGACUGUAGCCAGAAAGUAACUAGAAACAAUAAAACAUUUUCACUUUUUAUAGGAA